UUGUGAGGGUAAGUUGGAGCUUUGUGGGAAGUUGAGGAACAACCUUGUAGCAGAUUAUGAUGCAGCUACUACUUGCAUAUUGCCAGAUUACAAGUCAUUGAUUACAAUGAAUGUGUCAAGCGCAUCCUUAGAGGAAUCAUGGCAAGAAACAGUGUGACAGUGAGGAAGAAGCAAGCACAGGACAAAGGGACAUCAACAAUGGGAUUAUCCUGAAUUGGACAAUCUAUAUUUUAAGAGAAUAAAUUGUAUCCUUUGGUAAUAUACUAUAUCUGAGGAAAGAAAAGGCUAAAACCACAGUGACAGAUUGUUUAUAUAAAGCCUUGGCAGUGCAUUGGUAUGGAGCAGACCAAAGGAAGCUUGAAGGGUCACCGCCAGAUAUACUCCUCCGUUGUGCAGUCUUUUGUCACUCGUUUGCUCAGAUAUUUUUUUGCUUGGUUUUUACCCCCAAUCAUCUUCUCUGCAAUCCUCUGAUACGACUCCAAGUUCAUCCCCUCUUCCCCUCGUUUCACCCAUCCCUCUCUGCCUUGCUUGAUCAGUCCCUUGGUAUUCCUUCUCUCUCUGCUCUCCGAGGUGACAGGAGAAGAACCAAUGGAUGUCGACUACUUGAGCUCCCCAACAGAGCUCAAAUGGAUCUGACAACGAUGGUGAGGGAGAUGGAGAAUUUAGGUGGGUUAUCCGAAGCACCGCUGCAGCCAUCGGAAAGCUACUCCGGUGGACCGUCGUCGCAUGCAUUCUGCAGCGCUGGUGCUAGCACCUCUUUGCUUGUGGGGGGUGCGCCAUCAUCGUCAGCUUUCGGCGGUCCUCAGGACCUCCUCACGCCUGUGUUCUCGAACUCGCCGGCCGCAGCCGAGCUGGCGGUGAGAGGCGCGUCGCACGGCUGCGGGCGGCGGCCCUCGGUGGCUGCCAUGAGGGAGAUGAUAUUUCGCAUUGCAGCGAUGCAGCCGAUCCACAUCGACCCGGAGUCGGUGAGGCCGCCGAAGCGGCGGAACGUGAAGAUAUCGAAGGACCCGCAGAGCGUGGCGGCCAGGCACCGGAGGGAGCGGAUCAGCGAGAGGAUCCGGAUACUGCAGCAGCUCGUCCCGGGGGGCACGAAGAUGGACACCGCGUCGAUGCUCGACGAGGCGAUCCACUACAUGAAGUUCCUCAAGAGCCAGCUGCAGUCCCUGCAACGGGCAGCCGCCGCGCACCGAGGCGCCGGGGCUGCCGGCAACGCCGACUUCUCCAUGCAUGGUACAGGGUCCUCAGAUGGGAGCUGCUCGUGCUUCCUCAAAGGCGACGGGGCGCCGGAGCAGGGGUUCACCAUGAACACCUUUUGAGAUCGACGAUGAGUCAAAAUCGAUGAUCUUACUAGGCUUCAGGCAGAGCUUUUUUGUCAACUCUUAAUCUCUUUACUGAGCUUAUCACUGCGAUCUACUCUCUCUUAAUUUAUGUCGACGGAGUGAUAUUUUUAUAAGUUAUCUUAGAUCUGGCAGACUGAUCUGCGGGAAUGAUCCUUCUCCAA